AUGCUUUUCACUUCACCUAGUAUCAGUUCAUUGUUUCUAUUUACUUAAUGUUGAAUUCCUGUGUUGCUUCCCCGUGAUUUUUUGUUAUAAAUACCAGCAAAGAUGAAGUUGGACAUCACCAUGAACGACCGUUUCAACCAGCGGUUUCAGUCCGUAUAUGGCGGACUGGUUCCCCAAAUCGCCCGAUUGGUGCCCUUCAACGACUCGGAGGUGACAUGCAUCCUGCUGAUCUAUUACAAGUAUAGCCUCCAGAAUGGACCCGCUGCUCGCCGAAUAACUUCCAGCCAGUUCGUCAACAUCGUGAUUGGGUUCCAGCAGCUUUACGACAUGGACGUGGUGGAUCGCAUCGUUACCCUGAUCGCGGGAGGCAGGAAACACGUGACGCCCAUGGAAUUCGUCAACUACAUGACCAUCCUAAUGUCCCGCGACAUGGAACGCAAAAUGGAGUUUGCAUACAUGGUGUACGACAAAAAUGGAAUGGGCAUUAAUAGAGAGAUCAUUUCAUCUUCGGUCGAGAGGUUUUUUGUCGGGGACGACGACGAGGUACUCGAGAUGCGACUGGACAUGGUCGAUUUUCUACUCCUCAAAUUUGAUGAAGACCAGGAUGGCUACAUCUCAUUUGAGGAGUACAGAUCGAUCGUGUUGCAGCAGCCGAGUCUGCUGGAGUUUCUGGGUCCCAUCUUUCCCUCGGACGAGACGCGUCUGGUGGUGGCGUACUGCACUGCCAUAUACUCUCACAUACCCGAAAUGAGCACGUUAUAGGUAUGGGAGCAGGGUAUGUGGCAGUUUGCCAGAACUCCGCCAGUCACAUAAAUCUUUCAGGCACAAAUAAAUCGAAAGCAAUGCAAA